AACCAGGAGAAAUCCAAUCCUCACACCGAGUUCCACCAUCAGAAUCUCAUCAUUUCCUUGCUCUCGCUCUUCUUUGCGGGCACCGAGACCAGCAGCACCACCCUGCGCUACGGCUUCCUCAUCUUGAUGAAGUUCCCCCACAUUGCAGAGAGAGUCCAAAAGGAAAUCAAGGAGGUCAUUGGCCUUCACCGCCCGCCAGCCCUCGAUGACCGCACCAAAAUGCCCUACACCGACGCUGUCAUCCACGAGAUCCAGAGGUUCUCUGACCUCCUCCCUAUCGGGGUGCCUCAUGCGGUCACCAAGGACACUGAGUUCCGAGGGUACAUCAUCCCCAAGAACACUGAAGUCUACCCCAUCCUGAGUUCUGCUCUCCAUGACCCACACUACUUUGCAAAGCCAGAUGAGUUCAACCCUGACCACUUUCUGGAUGCCAACGGGGCGCUGAAGAAGAAUGAUGCCUUCAUGCCUUUUUCCAUUGGGAAGCGCAUCUGUCUCGGUGAAGGAAUCGCCCGGAGUGAAUUAUUCCUCUUCUUUACCACCAUCCUUCAGCACUUCUCCUUGGCCAGUCCCGUGGCUCCGAAGGACAUUGACCUCUCCCCCCGUGAGAGUGGCGUGGGCAGAGUGCCCCCCACCUACCAGCUGCGCUUCCUGCCCCUCUGAACGGGCUGGCAGAAGAGGGCUCAGAGGAUUUGAGGUCAUGAAAUGUCCCCCACCUCUGUAGGAACGCCUUCUCCACCAUCUUGGAUGUGAACAGUCUCUCAUGUUCAUCGCUUGACCAGGCCUUUCUUCUCCUCUAAACAAUUGCAAGCUGGGUGCUGAUGGCUCAUGCCUGUAAUCCUAGCUACUCAGGAGACUGAGAUCUGAGAAUCAAAGUUCAA